UAUGAAUUUCUAUCCAAUUGACUUUGAAGAACAAGCCUCUUAAUGUACUAAUUUUAUAUAUUUCUAGAGUUAAUUAAUGAACCCUUCAUUGAAUAAACAAAUGAAUCCUUAUACUAUGAAUAUGACCAAAGUGCUUAUUAAGAGCCUGAAUAACUAAAUACUUUUGAUGGGUAUUUACAAGAAGAGCCUGUCCUUUUGUUUAAUUAUGUGGAAGAAGCACCAAAAAAGAAAACUAAACAUGUUAACAGAAAAUCAAAAAAAAUUAGAAAAGCUGAUUCAGAAACAGACGUUCCUUCAGGAAAAAGAAUGAAAUCUCGUAUUACUAAUAAUGACGUCUUGAAAUUAUAGUAAUGUUAGAGAUUAAAAACAAUAAUCUCUCAAAUGGAGGCUCUCUUACAAUAAACAAGAACAUCAAUUUUCAAUCAAUAUAUGAAAAAUCACACUAAGUGACCUC